UUGUUUCUUACAUUGCGCAUUAUAUCCUGAAGAUUAUGAAAUUAAAAAAGAUGAGCUAAUUGAGUGCUGGAUUGAGGAGGGAUUCAUAGAUGAUGUAGGUACAAGACAAGAAAUGAAAGACAAGGGCCAUGUUAUUUUGAAGAUGUUUGAAGAUAAUUGCUUGUUGGAAAAUGGCUCGAGUGGCUUUGUGAAAAUGCAUGAUGCAGUCAGAGACAUGGCAUUGUCGAUCACAAGAAUGAAUCCUCGAUAUAUGAUACAAGCAGGUUUACAAUUAGAAGAGUUACCAGAAAAGGAGCAAUGGAGUUCGGAUAUUGAAAAAGCAUCGUUUAUGUGUAACCUCUUAUCAGAAAUUUCCAUAGAUGUGCUGCCCGCAAAAUGCCAACUGCUCACAACCUUGUUAUUGCAGAACAACCCUAUAAAGAAGAUCUCAAUUUCUUUCUUCACAAACAUGCCUUGUCUUAGUGUUCUCAAUUUGUCUUCUACAAAGAUAGAGAGUUUACCAAAUUCCAUCUCUGAACUAAAGAACCUCACAACAUUGUUGCUUUGGGGCUGUUAUGAAUUAAGAGAUCUACCAUGUCUUUUGAUGCUUCAAAAAUUGAAGAAGUUGGAUCUUCGUUGGACUAAAAUUGAGGAAGUCCCUGAAGGCAUGGAUAUGCUGAUAAAGUUAAGAUACAUUGAUCUUCAAGUGCGCACUCUGAAAGAGAUACCCGCUGGACUUUUAACAAAACUCGUUCACCUUCAGCACUUGAGUUUUGAUGUGAACAAUGAAAAAACAAGUCUAAAAGCAGAGGAGAUGGAACCAUUGAAGAAGUUGGAGUGCUUUACCGGACGUUUCGAAGACAUGGGUGAAUUGAAUAAGUUCAUCUCCUCAAUGCAACAAAGUAAGAAAAAUCUCAUCAAGUACUAUGUACGGGUGGGCUCAUAUAUAGGGGGUUGUGGAAGGGAUAAAACAUUAACAAUUGGAGGAGUCGACAAUUGGGAAGGUGAGUUAAUUAUGCACCCAAUUGAAAUUCAAGAGUUGCAUAUUUUAAAGUGCGACUAUUUGAGAAGCUUAGUCGAUGAAAAUUCUUCCUUCAAAAAUGCGAUUGACUUGAGGGUUUGUAGGAUUUGGUUUUGCGAAGGGAUAGAGUGUGUUGUUUCCUUGUCCUCUUUUGCCUCUUCUUCCGCUCAUCCUUUUCAGAGCCUCGAGGUGUUGGAUCUUCAAGUUCUGCCAAAGUUGAGUGCCCUUAUUAUGAAAGAUGCAGGAAUUGGUUCAGCAACAUCAUCAACAUUGGCUCCGUCUGCCACCUUUUCCCAUCUUAAGAAAAUUUCGAUAUCUGAAUGCUCAUGUAUGAAGACGUUGCUUCCACAUCGGUUGCUUCCAAACCUCCAAAACGUGGAAACAAUUUGGGUGCAAAAUGUGAUGAGGUAGUAGAAAUAUUGGGAGCAGCAACAUCAGAAGUUGAAGGAAAAGGAGUGAUGCAUUAAUCAAAUUCCAUCUUCCCAAAUUGAGAGUGCUAACAUUGUGGCGAUUACCAAAUUUGAAGAGCAUUUGCAGCAAAAGUGGAGUGAUGGUUUGUGAUUCUCUCCAAUUGAUCAGUGUUAUGUCUGGCUGUGAUAAACUGAAGAGAAUUCCUCCAUUUGUUCCCCUUGUUGGCAAUGAGCAGCCAUUUGCAUAUGCUCCACCUUCUCUUACUAUCGAGUCAAGCACAAAAUGGUGGGAAUGGCUGGAGUGGGAUGACCAUCCAAACUUUAAAAAUGUUCUUCAACCCCUUUGGAAGGAUGAAAGCUAUAUGUUUGAUGUUGUUGAAGAGAAAGAUAAAAGUGUUGGUGGGAAAGAAGUAGGGGGGAGGAUAGUGCAAAAGAGAGGAUAAAAGGAAUGAUGGCAGGAAGACGUUAAGAGCAUUGAGACUGUGAGGCAAAGGUAAAUAAGAAAUCAAACUGUCUCCACUUUUUUAACAUUUUCCCUACCUUACCAUUCCUUCUAUUCUGUUAUUCUUCUCUAAAAAUUAUAUAUAUGUACUUCCCAAAAUAACUUUCUAAAUAUUUAUUAUUAAAACAUUUAAGUUAUAAACUUAUUUUGAUAUUAUAAA